AUUAGUCCCCACCAUUUUCUUUCUUCUGCUUUUCUUCAAUAAAGUCAACAUUUUGAUAAGAAAAUCAGAAAAAGAGAAGAAACAAAACCCCCCCAAAUCUUGUUUCUUUAAAGUGGGGAUCCCAUAAAUUAAUUGGGUAAAAGAAUAAACGUACAAACAAUGGACGGUCCACGGUUUUAGCUUUCAUAAACGAAAAUCAGAUUGUGAAAUACAAUUACAAAUAUGAUGAUGGUGGUGAGAUAGUGCUUGAAUUUUGGAUUUUCAUCUUCAAGUGCAUUAGCCGUCUAUUACCAUCAUCAUCGUCCAUUCAUCGGUUGUACGGAUCCAAAUUGGAAAAGGAAGAUUGUUCCUUGCUCAACUUUUAUUUUUAGCAGCAUCAAGGGCAGCAUUACCUAAUUCAACAUCCAUGUGCAGGAGAGCAGUAAGUGGCAAUCACUAAGCUAUAAUUGUAAAGUACCAUCAGUGUGGAAUAUUAUUUGAGUCCUGCUCACUUGACUUCGUACUUGGUAGAGAACACAGCAAUACCAGCUGUUAUUUUGUGCAUAUGAUUGAGUGGUUUUAUAGUUUGAAGCACAAAAAAAAAAGAUGGGUUUAAGAGUGAACCUGCUUCUUUUGGUGUUUCUCUCGGUUGUCAUAUUUGGUCAUAGUAUAACAGCUGAACAAGAAGAGCAAACUUUACAAAGAGUGAUAACUGCUCCUCGGAGGAAUGCAGAAGGUGGUGUGAUAGAUGGAUCUGGUACUGAGCAUAUUGGUGAUGAAAUGGGUGCAUGGCAGGACGGAAAUGGUAGAGUCUCAGUGUCAACAGUUGCAAUUUUCACGCUGGCAAUGGCUGCGGCUACUGGUUUGGGAGCUCUCCCAUUCUUUUUUAUGGAGCUUGAUCCUCAAUGGGCUGGAAUAUGCAAUGGGAUGGCAGCAGGAGUAAUGCUUGCUGCAAGUUUUGACCUCAUACAAGAAGGACAGGGCCAUGGAAGUGGCAGUUGGGUCGUAUUGGGUAUUUUGUCUGGCGGUGUUUUCAUCUGGCUUUGCAAGAAGUUUCUUGAGCAAUAUGGUGAAAUGAGCAUGCUGGACAUAAAGGGAGCAGAUGCUACUAAAGUCAUUCUUGUUGUCGGAAUCAUGACUCUUCAUUCUUUUGGUGAGGGAUCUGGUGUUGGAGUUUCCUUUGCUGGCUCUAAGGGUUUAUCACAAGGGUUAUUGGUGACGUUGGCUAUUGCUGUGCACAAUAUACCUGAGGGCCUGGCUGUUAGUAUGGUCCUUGCAUCGAGAGGAGUUUCUCCACAGAAUGCCAUGAUAUGGAGUGUGAUUACAUCACUACCACAGCCUCUUGUAGCAGUUCCUUCAUUUAUAUGUGCGGAUGCAUUCAACAAGUUCUUGCCAUUUGCAACUGGAUUUGCUGCCGGUUGUAUGAUUUGGAUGGUUAUGGCUGAGGUCCUUCCAGAUGGGUUCAAGGAGUCUUCCCCAUCUCAAGUUGCAUCAGCUGCUACACUAUCUGUGGCAUUUAUGGAGGCACUCGGUGCCGUGUUUGAGCAUUUCAGCCACAACUACAGUCAAGAGGAUGCUUCCGGCUUCUUUGUUUCUCUAUUGUUCGGCCUAGGUCCUUUGCUCGGUGGUGUAGCCCUUGUUGCAUUUGCUCUUGCUUUCCGCCUUCGGCAUGCAUUUCUUACCGGUGUGGCCUCUGGCAUUGCCUUUGUCCUUGGUACAUGGCGUCCCCUUCAACUACUUGUCUCUUCUAAGAUGGGGCUUCUUCCACUCCUGUUUCUUCUUGGGGUCGGAACAGCAUUCGUCCACGUACCUACAUCAAUCCUUACGAAUUCUCGAUUGCACAGGAAGACUUCUGCAAACACAUUAUCUACUGUCACCGGCUUAACUGUAAGUGCACUCACGCUUCAAUCAGUCCUGUCUUGUGCAGCAGUCGCCCUUCACGCUCUCGCUGAGGGGCUCGCGUUAGGUGUAGCUGCACCCAAAGCUUACGGCCUUGGGAGGCACAUGGUCCUCCCCGUCUCCCUCCACGGGUUCCCUCGUGGCGCAGCUGUGGCUAGCUGCAUAUUUGGAGCAACCGAUAGUUGGCAUGCAUCCCUUUUAUCCGCUGCCCUAAUCGGGUUUGUGGGGCCGUUAUCAGCCAUUGGAGCUAUACUGGCUGGGAUCGACUACAGCGGGUUGGACCACGUCCUGGUGUUUGCUUGUGGAGGACUUUUCCCGUGCUUCUGGAGCACCGUGAGAAGAGCGGUCAAGUUAGAUAAACGUAAGAGCAUUUUCGGGGUUGUCGUUGGUGUCGUGUUUGCUAGUGUGUGUCUAACUUGCACAAAGCUCGUGUGUUUGCACACACCUUACUGCAACUCUGCUCCUGAAGCUGUAAGAUGAUGUAAUAUGUCAUGUUUAUACUACUCGACACAACACCAAAAAAAAGAAAAGAAAACAUAUUGUAGAAAUGAUUUCUGAGCUUUCUACUUUACAUUCAUUACUGCUGGAAUGCUGCUUAGGGUAUUUUGUAUCUUUAGUGUUAUUUACAAUUUUUUUUUU